ACUAUUCAUGACACCCUUCGUCUUACCGAACACCUUGGAGUAGGCUAAACGGCGAAUUUAGGAAAACAAAGUCGCGCCCGGCCACUCCCUGGACAGGAUAUUACAUUUCGGAACUUUCACAUCUCGGAAACAUUGUGAUAAGACGACACAGGCAUAAUUUCAAUUUGUGGGACACAAACUUUGUCGGAUUGUACACCUGUGCUGAGAUCUACAGAUAUACAUAUACAGUGGAAGGAGAACAACACGAUGACAUAACAAGCGGAUACCUAAUGGAUCAUGGGAUACCACGCAGUGACAAGAUGAUACAAGCUGUGGAUACUGUCUAUAUACUUUGUAGUUAACACAACAUCACAGGUGACAAGGGAGCCCAGGCAAAGCAGACCAAGAUGGCCCUUGCGGUGCGGGCAAGUGAGGCUGAGGAUGGGGUGGAGGACAUGAUCAAACUCAGUGAUCUGAAUGAGGACACCAUCUUGAAGAACCUUAAAGUCAGAUAUGGCAAAGACAAAAUCUAUACCUAUGUGGGUAGUAUCCUGGUCGCCGUCAAUCCAUACCGGAUGUUCAGCAUCUAUGGAUUGGACAUGGUCAAGAAGUAUGAAGGACAAGCCCUUGGAGCCCUCCCACCGCACCUGUUUGCUGUGGGCAGCACGUCUUACUGUAAGAUGAUCAAGGACAGCGAGAACCAGGUUAUUGUGAUCAGUGGUGAGAGUGGAGCCGGUAAGACAGAGAGUACCAAGCUGAUUAUGCAAUAUCUGGCAGCGGUGAAUAAAUCCCGUCACAACCUCAUCACAGAGCAGAUCCUGGAGGCAAACCCACUCCUUGAAUCCUUUGGUAACGCCAAAACAAUACGCAAUGAUAACUCAAGUCGAUUUGGGAAGUACAUUGAAGUUUUCUUCAAAGAUGGAUCAAUUGUUGGUGCAAGAACACUGGAAUAUUUGCUGGAAAAGUCGAGGAUUGUCACCCAGGCUUCAGAAGAACGGAACUAUCAUGUUUUCUAUGAGAUGCUGGAAUCGAUGUCAGAUGAACAGAAGUCCAAAUAUGGCCUCCAGACUGCUCCCAAGUACUUCUACCUCAACCAGGGUGGAAGUUCAGUGCUGCCGGGUCGCGAUGAUGCAGAGAACUUUCGCAAGUUGCAGUCGGCCAUGGACAUCCUCAGUUUCCAGAAGUCAGAGAAGGAAACCAUCUACAAGAUCCUGGCCUCCGUCCUCCACAUUGGAAACGUCUACUUCCACACUCUACUGAUUGACAACCAUGACACAGUGCAGCUUGGCAGUGACGCAGAACUCAAGUGGGUGUCCUACCUCCUGGGUCUAUCUGAGGACUGGUUGAAACAGGCACUCACCAGCAAAAUCACGCAAGCACGAGGGGAGAGAGUUGUGUCCCCUUACAACAUGGACCAAGCACUUGAUGCAAGGGAUGCCAUAUCCAAGGCUCUGUACAGUCGCCUCUUCUCAUGGCUUGUAGAGCGUAUCAACCAGAUCAUAUGUAAGGCAGAGAGAGAAAAGUCAACAUCACUGGCUGUACUGGACAUCUUUGGAUUUGAGGACUUCCUCGUGAACAGCUUCGAGCAGCUGUGCAUCAACUUUGCCAACGAGACACUGCAGUUUUUCUUCAACCAACACAUCUUCCGCCUGGAGCAGAAGGAGUAUCAGAAGGAAAAGAUCCAGUGGCAGCAAAUUGACUUCCGUGACAACCAACCCACCAUCGACCUGAUCUCCAGCAAGCCAGCUGGCAUCCUCCACAUCCUGGACGAUGAAUGCAACUUCCCCCAGUCCACUGACACUUCCUUCCUGGAGAAGUGUCACUUCCACCACGCCCAGAACAGUCUCUACGAGAAGCCACGCAUGUCAGACCCAGAGUUUUACAUUACUCACUAUGCCGGAAAGAUCAAGUACAGUGUCCAACACUUCUUGGAGAAGAACAAGGACACACUACGCAGUGAUGUUGUGGAGCUCAUGUGUGAGAGCAAGAAUAAGUUAAUAGCCCAGAUGUUCAAAGAGUUGCGAGAUCGCCUCAUCACGAAGACUCUCAGUAAAACCACCGGGCGCUAUGUUACACUCAAACCUCGCACAUCAACAGUUGGAGCAAGUUUCAACGAGAGCCUCAUCUCACUCAUUGACACCAUGUCAAGAUGUAACCCCUACUUUGUCCGCUGUAUCAAGCCAAACACAACCAAAGCAGCGAUGGAGUUUGAGGAUCGUGUCGUUAUGGAGCAGCUUCGUUACAGCGGAAUGUUGGAAACAAUCCGCAUACGGAAACUUGGAUAUCCAAUCAGGAUCAAGUUCAGUGAUUGCAUUGAAAGGUACCGGUGUCUGAUCAGGGAGAAGUAUUUUGCCAACAGGCAUCUGCCAGCUGAUGUGUGUACCAAAAUUCUGCAGUCCCAGGGUGCAGCAUUUACCCAGCAGUUCCAGGUUGGAACAUCCAAGGUGUUUAUGAAGGAGACAUUUGAGCAGCAUCUUGAUGCUGAGGCUGCAAAGAUCCAGACAGUAGCUGUUAUUCACAUCCAGACAUUUGUCCGAGCCUGUUUGGCCAGGAAGAAGUUCCUGCGUAUGAAGUCAUCGUCAAUGAAGAUACAGAAGAUGGUGCGGAUGGCAGUCAGAAGAAAAAAGUUCAAAGCUCUGCGCAAUGGAAUCAUCAAAGCACAGGCCCAGUUUCGGAUGUACAGGCAGCGGGUUCGUUAUUUGCAGACAAGAGAGCAAAUACGUCAGAAGCUAGAGGUGGAACGCCAGGCUCGCAAACAGAAGGAGGCUAAAGAAAAAAUGGAACGUGAAAAACGGGAAAGGGAGGCCCGGGCUGAAGCCAGUGUGUCCAACCUGGACAUCCCAGGGGAGCUAGCCUUUGUCUACAACAAGCUAGAUGACUGGCGGCUGGUGCACACCGGCACCAACAUCAACGUGGUGGCCGACGUCAAGCCCAUGGACAUGGCCUACAAACUGCCAGUGGACAUCAGUUCCCACACAUUCAGCAAGUACAUGGGCGCUUACUUCAAGAAAUCUGACUGGGGAAUUCAAAUUGAGCCAAUCAAAGCACCUUUUACAAAUCUACAAGGUGGUGACCUUUCGCAUAGGGCUUUGUCAGUAUUCAAACUGAUUCUUCGCUUCAUGAUGGAACAGAACAUGUCUGAGAAGAAGCAGAAAGUUCUGUCAGAUUAUGUCGUACAGCUGGGUCUGCAGAAUGAAGGUUUGAGGGAUGAGAUCCUGUGUCAGCUGACCAAUCAGACGUGGAAGAAUCAGAACAUGUCCCAGGCGGAGAAAGCCUGGCUGCUAUUGGCCUGUUGUCUCAGCUGCUUCUCACCCAGCUCCACCCUCUUCAAGUUCCUGCUCAAAUAUGUGUCUGAUGUGGGCAUCAAUGGCUACCGAGCAGUGUGUCAACACAAGGUGCUGCAGAGUGCCAACAUCCCCCCACAGCUGUGCCGCACCUACCCCCCAUGUUUCCUGGAAUGGGUUGCAGCUCAGAGGAAAGCCAACAUGGCACUGCACGUCAAAUUCCCAGAUGACCGCGAACAUUUGGGCCAUGUUGAAUCCUGGACAUCUGGAGAACUCUUCACAUCACACUUAUUGAAGCAGAGAGGUUUGCCAGAGAAUGCCCAUGGCUGGACGCUAGUAUUGCAAGAGGAUCUUGAUUACUACGAACUGAUGGGAUAUGACUAUGUCCUUGACCUUGUCAGUGAGAUUGAGAUUGCCCCGGGAUUCCCGGUGUGUAAGUCCUACUUCCUGGUGUCGACAGAUAGGAGCCAGGAGAGAGUCAGUCAGCGGAGACAUGCUCACACAGAUGGCGCCCACAACCCUGACCGAGAUCGCCUGAUGGUGGUGAUUGGCUCCCUGCCCCAGAUGAUCAAACGGACUUCCCACAGCCUUCCUCUGGACACGUGUCAGAUAUCAACAAGCAUCGCACAACAUCAACAUCAAAAACAUGUUCAAAAUGGUACCACGGAAAAUCUCAAUUUCUCAAUGACAAGUGUCCUCAACCAGCGACCAACAGAAAUUUUGGAAAAUGGUUUGUCAGAGAGCAAGCUAAAUGUUCGCUACAACAAACGGCGGGCACCAGCACCGCCAUUAGCCAAUGGCCAUGUUUCAAAUGGAUUGUCAAAUGGGGAAAUCACAACCAUUCUUGAAGUCGAGAGUGACAUUGAUCUUGCAGAAAACAAACUUAACAACCGUUAUCGAGCUCAGAAUGGCGAUACCAAAAUAUACACAGAUACUAAUGGUGAUCUUUCACAAAGCAAACUCAACACUCGAUAUGUCAAGUCAAACAAAGGUAAUGCCAGGAACAAAUCAGGUGUUGCUGAUCAAAUAAGUCGCAAGGACAAAGUGUUUGAUCGAAGGUCAGUAGCUUCAGACCUGUCUGAUGGUCAAUCUGCCUGGUCCAACUGGGUCGACGAUGUGUUCAAUGAUGCUCUGUUUAAUGAGGUCCAGGAUGACAUCAGUGACGGACGUUCCCUAGAACAGAGGAUCAAGGGAGGAGGGAAGGGUAUCCCUGGCCUCACAACACAGCAGCAGCCGUUAAUACCUUCUGGACAGAUUGGUCUGGGUCUCCCGCCAACAACACCCAUCACCCCCAACAUUGGCUUAGGAGUGGGAUUUGGUGGAACAGACCCAGUUCAGCAACUAGUGGCCCAGCAGGUGCUUGCUCAGCAGCAAGCACAGCAGCAGGCUCUAGCACAGCAGCAACAACAGCAGGCUGUGUUACAGGCUUAUAUGCAAGCACAGCGGCAACAAGAACAACAGCAACAACAGCAGCAACAACAAGCUAUCCUCCAGGCUGCCCUACAGCAACAGCAGCAACAGCCUGUUCUGUCCCAGCAACAACAAACCUCUGCUCUGCGUGCAGCACUUGCACAACAAGAACUGCAGAACAAGUUGUUAAAGCAGAGCAUCGAGCAGGAGCUGUUGAAACAGCAGCUGCAGCAGGUCAAGGUGACCCCCACACCCAUUGUCAGCCCUGCCCCCAGUUUUGGGUCAGCCCUUCCUUCAGCCCUUCCUUCAGCCCUUCCUUCAGCCACACCAUCAGGCAUACAUCCAGAGACAGGCCAGCCAAUUGCCACUGGCAGUCAGUUCCCAGGCCAGAGAAACCGAGGAUAUGGUUUUCCAGUGAUCCUCCCCCCUGUACCUAGUAAAAAGGUUGCCUUCCAGAAGAGCAAAUUUGAAGGGCAGACCCAUCAGCCAGCUAGGUAUACUAUCACUACACAGGCAGCUGGUGGUGCCAACAAGCAGGUUGGCAUUAUUGGAAUAGAAACUGGCCGACAAGAAGCUGAUCAGCAGGCAACAUCUCCACCGUCGCAACCUCCUCAACCACCUCAACCACCUCCCCCUCCUCCUCCACCAGAACAGUUUGCUGACACUCCGUCUCCUCCUCCUACUGUACACCAGCAGACAGGCAGCCCUGCUCCUCCCCCACCACCACCUCCCCCUCCUCCAGCGCCAGAAAUUAUUUCAUCCAAUGACAAAACAAAAACUAUUCGUAUCCGCGUUGGCAACAUUGUGUGGCCACCAGUGAAAGAGACAGAGGAGAAGUAUCAACGAGAAGUGGGCAAGCUGCUCAUAGACGAGAAAGUCAGCAGUAACUUGGAAAACAGGUAUGGAGGUAAGAAGACGGCUGUCAAGAUAGAAACAAAAGUUGAUGAAACAAGACCUAAAUCCAUCCUGAAGAAACCUGAUGAUGAAAGUAGGCCACCACUGAAGAAAACAAAGUCCUUGGUUGAUACCCAUGCCAACACCAUGAAGCUACUGGAGAGCAAGCUUGGAGGGGGUGGAGCUGCUAAACGGGAAGAAACGAAACCCAAGGUGAUGGCAGAGGCAACCCAGACAACAGACACCCUCAAGUCCACCAAAACAUCAACAACAACCAUGCCAAUACCACCUCCACCUCCUCCACCACCUCCACCACCUCAAGGUGAUGCUCCCCCUCUCCCCUCCCGCCCCCCACCCAAGAAGAAGGUGACGGCUAACAUCACCACCACCAUCACAGAGACCACUACAGAGACGGUGGAGGUAGCAGCCAGGACAUCACCAGUGUACAGCACGACGAUUGAGGAGCCGAAGCAACAGAUUGACUAUGCUGCCCUUGAGAGAGCUAUCACAGAGCUGUACCCUCAGAACAAGACAUUCUUCCUGGCCUACAACCGAGUUCCCUGGACUCUACACAUCAGGAAGGAGGUGUUCUGGCCAUCUGAGAGACUGGACAAGCCACUAGCACUGCACCUGCUGUUCUGCCAGAUUGUGAAGGAUGUCUACAACAGUGGCUGUAUUCGCAUCUCCAAGGACGACAGAGUCAAGAUGAAGAGUCAUCUCGAGGCCCAGGGCAUAACCAAGGAUAACUAUAUCACCAAGGACGUCUCCAACCAAGUCAAGAAGAUCAUCAUCGACACAGCCAAGGAGUGGCCAUGUUAUUUCUGCAGACUCUUCCCAGUUGCUUCCAGCGGCCACUACACUGGUGUGAAGUAUCUUGGUGUGAGUCACAGUGGCUUGAGGCUGGUCAACAGGGAGAGGGCAUUCAUGGAUGACCACCUGUCAGUCACUGAGGAAAUCAGGUUUGGCGAUGUGGUGGAUACCGUGAUGCCGAGUAGUACCACCUUGCAGCUCAACCUCAAGACCAAGUCCAUUAUGUUCUUCACACCACGGGCACAACAGAUGAAGGAUAUGGUUGACAAGUUCUGCCAGGAGAGUGAGAAGAUGGACAACAAAUAUGCUGUGGCCAUUCGGGACUACGUAACAAGGGAAUCCACACUGCUCAGUUUCCGCAGUGGGGACAUUAUAAAGCUCCUGGAUCCUGAGAUGAACUUAGAUGAAGGCUGGUUGUAUGGGUCCCUGAAUGGUCUUGUUGGAAUGUUACCUGCUGAAUAUGUCAAACCCCUUGCUAGACAUGAGGUGGAAACCAACAACAUGAAGGUUCAGUUGACACGGCAAACAAGUCGAGAUGGCCACUAUGCUGAUGACCACAGUGACACCAGCCAGGGCACCAUCGUAGCAGAUGGGAAGUACUCAAUGAUGGAGUUCGCUCUACUGCACUUCCGGGAGUCAAUUGAAAAGUAUGAGAUGAUGCGGACAGAUGAUGGAUCGAUACGAGGAACCAUUAAGAUGAUCGAGAGUCUGAAGCUGCGUAACCUGCAGCAGCAGCAGCAGCAGCUUCAACAGCGUCAUCAUCGAGGUGAUGCGUCGUCUGAUUGGACGUGGAAGGAACAGGCAGAGCUAAUCAAGUGGACUCGGUCCCCAAUCCAGGCCUCCCUGCUCAAACUACAACCUUCAGAGCUGAACAAGUUGGCUCUCGAGUGCUUCAUGUCUAUUAUGAUAUUCAUGGAAGACUACCCAAAACAGAGAAACGUGACUGACUAUGACUGUGUGAUGAAAAUUCUCAAGAGCUGUCACAAGUACCCCGAGCUACGGGAUGAAGUCUUCUGUCAACUCUGUAAGCAGACCACCAGCAACAGGAGCAUGAAACCUCGAAGUGCUUCCCGUGGAUGGAGGUUGUUUGCUCUCAUCGCAGCAUUCAGUGACUGCUCAGAGAUGUUGCGACCAUAUCUGUUUAAGUAUCUGGAGACAACGGCCUCGGACACAUCCCGCCACUACAGCAAUGCUGCUGCCCUCUGUCUGCAGAACCUCCGGAAGACGUUCAAGUUUGGCGGCCGGAAGAACACACCCCUGAAAGAGGAGGUGCAAGCUCUGGCGGAUGGAAGAAACUCCAAACGCUUCCCGUUCAUCUACAGUGGGUCGGACACCCAGGGUGGCAUGCUACAGGUCAAAUCCUGCACAAUCGUGCUUGAUGCCAUUGAUAUCAUCUGUCGAGACCUCAACAUCUUUGAACCCAUCGAGAUGGAAGAGUACACCCUCUUCAUGAGAACACGAGAUGGGAAGUUCAACAAGCUGAGUCGGGAGGAGUACAUCCUGGAUGUGACAGCCCAGUUUGCCCGUGAGAAGAAUGAGUUUGACCUGAUCUUCCAGCGCACUGUGUGGUUCUUCCCGCUCACCCACCUGGACAACGAGAUCUACAUGGACAUGAUGUUCAACCAGUGCAUCCUGGACUAUCUUGAUGGGCUGCUCAUCAACAGGAACUCCCUCGGCAAGGAGGACCUGGAUCAACUUGCCCGGAUGGGAUCCCUCCUGUACAAGGCACAGAAUCAAGUCAAAAUACCAACCAUGAAGGACAUCGACAUGAUGAUCCCCAAGACAGUGAAGUCCCACCCCGAGAUGCGACCCCAGCAGUGGCUGAACCGUGUGACUGACUACAUGCGGGGCAUUGCCCAGAUGUCACCAGCAGGCUGCAGGCUUACAUUCUUAGAAAUGCUCUCAAGAUGGCCACUGUUUGGCUCCACUUUCUUCCUCAUAAAGAGUGUACCAAACGUGGCGGGAGAGUGCAUGUUGGCUGUAAACAAGGUCGGCAUCCAGUUCCUCAAGAGAGACUCACAGGAUGUGAUACUGAACCAUCCGUUCAGCGAGAUCCUGUCAACACGACGGUACCGCAGCGACUACAAUGUCAACUAUCUGGACAUGAAACUUGGUAAUCUCAUGGUGCAGAAGAUCCUCCGCAUUGAAACAGAUCAGGGUUCUGACAUCUCAAACCUGAUUGGUCAGUACAUGCAAGUCAUCAACCGAUAUCGCAAGCGGCCAGACCGUCCAAGUAAUGGUGUCUAUAACUGAGCACGUUAGCCAAUCAUAUCACUUGUACAUAGUCAUGUGACAGAGCUCCAGAACAUCAUGGGAUCCUCACGCCAUCACAAAUAGAGCAAGAAUCUUCCAUUGUACAGGUGGCAAUAUAACUACUCCAUGAGAUACAUGCCUAUAUUACCUGUUGUGUAGAACUGUAGUCGUAUUGUAUAAGGUUCUGUCAUGGAGAUAGUUCCUCUAGCCUGAUGAACCUACAGAUGCCAAGAUUCCCUCAACUUCAUCAUUCCAAGAAGCUAAGAGAAGUGUGUUUCAAACGGCCAUGUUAUUACAGUGCAUAUUGGUGGUGGGAUUCGCAUAGUGAGGUGCUACCAUAGUGACACUACACUGUGAUCUGCCCUGUAGUGGAGAAAUAUAACGAGGUCUCAAAAACACUAUGGACACAGCCUUAUAGCGAUGCAUCAAAGUAGUGCCAUGGACAAAGUGUUGUAGAUCAUUAGUGUACACUCACUUCACUCAUGCAGUUGUGUCGACAAGCACAGAGGCUGAUGCCUUGUGAUCAAAAGCUCUGUUUCAGGAAGUUUGACAAGAAGGACAUGAAACCUGUGAUUUGUUGAUUGUUUCAACAACAGAUGAUAUUAGCCAACCGGAAUAUGUUGGAUAAGUUAAGGCACUAACGUCGUUGUGAUACCUUGGUGAGCAGAAAGAUUGCUCACCAGAUGAGUGGUUACCCUGGAGACCGCCAGCUUGAAAGUGAUUUGUAUGUGUAGCUUUAACCAUGUACAUAUUUAUUUACAAACUGACCAAAACAAACAUUUGUAGAUUGAUUUCUUCAAAACUAAGACACUUCUUGUCUGAAAGUUAAUCAAAAAAGUCAAAUGUAUAUAGUUUUCCUUUUUGCAGGUAUUACAAAACAAAAUCUGUAUCAUAGGUUGUUAGACCAGUAGAAUCUGAGGGAGGCAGCCAUUUUAUUGAAGGAUGAUGCUAUCGGACAGUAUAAUUCUAUGCAAUUAGUUAGUAUUUGCUUCAGCUUUCAUGUCUGGUACAGGCGUAAAGUAUUCUGAUAUAUUUGACUGUCGUUGUCCUUGUGCUAACUAAAGCUGUAAUACUUAUAAGCUUUGCCAGAGCAGACGUAUAGUCAUCUGGUCUGUUGUAUCACAGACCGUACACCCAUCUAGAGAUCAGUAUUUCAUUUUAGCAUAAUAUCACUUUAUGGUUGUAUAUAGAAAGAAUUGUCUUCAACAUCCUGUAAGAAUACUAGAGAAAAGGUACCAUCAUAAGUAUUGCUUGUUGAGAAACUGGGUCUCACUUUGUCAAAUUCCUAUUUCUAUGGAUUUUUGCAGCAGAAUAUAUCAAACUCUUAUUUCAGGUUCUGUCAUUGUACAAAGUUUCUCAGGAGAAGGACGUCAGUCAUCUUACAGGAUGUGUGUAUAUAGUCAUUAUUUUAGAAUUUCCAUUACCAUUUGUUGUCAUGCUGUGAACACACACCGAUGUGACAUGUCUAGACAAGGGAAACUGUACAUUUUAACAUCAAAUAUACUUCCGAUCAAGAUACAAUUAUUUUAUCUGUAUUUGGAAGGCAUGGAAGAUCAAUUAACAUAAGCACAUGUAUACGUCAACUGUGUAGCAGCAUGUAUAUCAAAUGUAUUAUGUAUUGUAUAUAGUCAGAGACCCCUUCCCUCCAAGGAGAGAAUAUAUUUAUAUUACCAACAAGCUUUCCAAUGAGAGGAUAUUCAUACUGCUGUCUGUCAAACUACAGAAUUUUAACAUGCAGUUUCAAAAUUUAUAUUUGCAUGUCAUAGGGUUUUAAAAAUGCAGGAGUAAUUGUUUGUGAGCACCAAGUGCACUUACAUAGCCCCCAAGACCCCACUUUUUAAUGUCCAUAUAGUCUAGGCGUCUGUAGUUGUUUAAACAAUCUACACACAGGUAGCAUGUUGUCAAAACUCAUGGUCAGUUGUCUUCAUGACAAAAAUCUUGUAAUAAAACACUUGCAGUUUUUAUAAAUCAUACAGCACUCUAUUACAUGUCUGUACGUAUUAUAAACAAUGGACUGUCCAGUUGUUCGUUCAUUGUGAAGAUGAAGAUGACCAUCAGUUUGAGGCAACAGCUACUCCAGGAAUUCAUCCCGUCUUCCACGAACUCACCACUAAAUGAUGAUCUGCUGUUUUACAUGUUUUUAUGUUGUCUGUUACGGUGUUACUGACUCUAAUAUUGUUGGGUUUGUUAUUUACAUAUAUUACAGACAGAUAGUUUUCUGUUGAAAUCAAGAUUCAUAUUUGCAAUGAUAUAUUUCUACCUUACAUAGCCAAUUCAUAACUUACAUGUUUGUCAUUUAAUAAACACAAUACUUAAUCUUCAGUAUCUGCACUCAGUGGAUUUAUUCUGUUUGCGAUCAUUUUAUAAAAUAUCUGUUUACAAAGGUUACGGAUAUGGCUUAUAUUCUUUUAUAUCCCAUCUGCUUACUGCUGAUAGUUGCUUGUAUCUACCCUGCUGAUUGUACUGCCCUUGUAUAUAGCUUAUACUCACUGGACUGAUGUCACCAAGCUGUCUUGUUAUGCAAAGUAGCCCUUAUACACCACCAAUACUUACAUAUUACCCUCUACAUAAGAUGAGAAUAUCAUGUUACUGUUGGCAUAUUCUUAUCGUUAUUUCGUUCUCCAUUUCAAUGAUGAGAGAAACAUUUAUUUCAAGUGGAGUAAUUUUCUCCCUGCUUCUAUUUUCGUUCAUAACAUUUGUAUAUCAUAUAUUUGGUUCAACCAGUGAUCACUGUUCUAUGCAAAUAUCUUCAUAUAUGACAGUACUUUCCUACUACUGUUUAUUAUUACACAGUUAGUCAAGAGAGUGCUUCAAUAUUCUGCCUAUUGUUAGUUUGGAGGAAAUGGCAGAAAUGCCGUAAUUCUGUUCAAUGUAUAAUUUAUAGUGUUUACACUGUUCAUGAAGAAAACAAAAUGUCAACAAAACUAGGGCACAAAAGUGGUGCAGAAAGUAGUUUUGUUCCAGUUAUAGUUUAUGGGAUCACAACAGUAGCCUUGCAUGUAAUGAUCAACAUCUGCUAUUCAGAUACCCAAACACAUAACUGAUUGAAACAAAGAAUAGUUGUGAGGUGGCUAGCAUACAUUUGUCUCCAUAUACACUGACCCUACAUUUAUGUGCAAUCUUAUGCCUGUAACUCUGUGUUGAAAUAUACAUAUUAUAACCUAUGUUAAAACAAAUAUAGGACAUCAUUAUAUAUUUUUGUAAGGUAUGAAUAAAAUUUUGUAUUACAUUA